CCAUCGUCGUGCGAGGAGGGGCUGCUGCGGCGCUGCACAAUCGUGCAAAGCACACUCGCCCAGACAAUAGACCAGCUGCACCGUCUGUGUUGUGUGCAUCUCCCCAUCGCCAGCAUCUUUGGGAGCAAAGCCGCCGUCUGGGACUCCGAACCCUUCUGGACAAAAGGCAGCGAUGAGGGACACCAUCAACUCCCAGUACGACUCCUUCCUCUUCUGGCGCAUGCCCAUCCCGGAGCUGGACCUCUCUGAGUUGGAGCUCCUCGGCCUGACCGACAUGGCCGCCUACAAGCCCAAAGGUGGAGUGGCCGCGGGCCGCGACGCACAAAACCGUCCCUCUCCGGACGGCGAAGACGGCGACGACAGCCUCCUCCAGUUCAACAGCUUUAACUUCUGGAGGGCCCCCGUCGCCCGCAUCAGCCCCAUCGAUUUUGACCUGAUCUGAACUUCGGGCCAGAAACGGCCCACGAGCCGUCGUUUUGCCUUUCGACUUCCCUUUGUUGUGUUUUUCGUUCUUCCUUUUCUUUCCAACGCACUUUCACAACAGUUCUGUUUUCUAAAAUAUAUGAUUGUCACUCUG